AUGUCGACUUCUUCUACUGCUUGUUCGGACAGUGUUUGUUCAAUAUGUUUGGAUACUUGUUCGGUGGUCAGUUAUGCCGAUGGAUGUUUACACAAAUUCUGUGGCCGUUGUAUCUUUGAAUGGGCUCAACGAAGUCAACUCUGUCCCAUUUGUCGGACUUUUUUCGCCAAUAUUAUAACUAAUGUGACUUCUGACACCGACUAUGAGGUUAUUCCUCUCGAAGAUCGUCGAGUUCCAGUGUCAAAUUUUAUUCGAAACUCUUGUAACCCACCUUCUCGGGCAAUUAGUCAACAACAUCAACAUCAACAUCAGCAGCAACAACAAGGAAAUGAAGGAUAUCAGGCGAUUAGCCGAUUAGAAGAACCGGACAUUGGUAACCUUCAGAUCGAUAAUCCGAGACCUCGACGAAUUGUCUGGUCAUCUAAUCGGUAUUCAAAUCGUCAGUUUAAUCGACAACAACCCCAACCAACAUCAUCUCAUCAUGAAAAUGUAGUCGCGUUGAGACAAAUCAUUUCUCCCGCAUUCCGAACAGAUUAUCACAAUAGAGGUCACAAUCAACCUUUAACUAGUCCUCGACACUCAUUUAAUCCACGACCAUUUAGACCUUUGGUUGCAACCUCAUCAUUCACAUUCACAUUCUUAUCCUCAACCACAUUCACACCCUCACCCUCACUCUCACUCGCACUCUCACCCUCACCCUCAUCAUUAUCAUUAUAA